GAGCUUGUUCAGAAUUUAUAAUGAUGAAGCCUAUUUCUCCUCUCUUCGCUCUCUAUAAGAAAAACACACUCCUCUCCAAUUCCUUAUCUCCCUCCCCCUCCAACGGCACUUCGUUGUUUUGUCCUUUCCUUUCAUCCUCAUUUUCCUCUUGCUUCUAAAAAGCAGAAAUUCACACAAUUUCACACUGAUUUUUUUUCUCCUCUGUUUGCAGAAAGGCAUUCCUCACUCUCCUUUGGUCAUCAUUCCAUUACAACAAAUCAACAACAAUAUACGCGGUGUAAUCCUACAAGUGGAGUCUGAGGAAGAUAGAAUGUUCUCAGACCUUAUCUUUAUCUUUGUAGAGUAGAGAGAUUGUUACUUGUAGACCCUCGACACAGCAAAUCAUUACCAAAAACAGGCUACAACAACAACAUAUCCAGUAUAAUCUCACCAUGUGACGUCUGGGUAAAGUAGAGUGUACCCUUAUCUUCACAAGAUACGAAGGUUAUUUCCGAUAGACCCUCGGCUCAAAACAAGGCUAAAAAGCAGAAAAUAUUAAUUGAAUGACGAAGCGAGUAAGACAGAGUGCUAAUGCUGGGAAUAAACACCCAAUAUACAGAGGAGUUCGUAUGCGAAGUUGGGGCAAAUGGGUGUCUGAAAUACGUGAACCACGUAAAAAGUCACGCAUUUGGCUCGGAACUUAUCCCACACCAGAAAUGGCAGCUAGAGCACACGAUGUUGCCGCGUUAAGUAUUAAAAAGAACUCAUCUAUAUUAAAUUUCCCUCAUCUAGUUAACUCAUUGCCUCGACCAAUUUCACUGUCACCAAGAGAUGUACAAGCUGCUGCAGCUAAAGCAGCUGCAAUGGAAGAACCAACUUCAAAUUCUUCGUCUUCUCUUAGUUCAAUUGAUAAAAUAACAUCAGGGUCGGAUGAGUUGGGUGAAAUUAUAGAGCUUCCUAGCUUGGAGGGAAUUAGUUUUGACUUGGACGAGUCGAAGAGCGAGUUGAAGUUGAGUGACUCAGUUGAUACGUGGCUAUAUCGACCGUGGUGGUCAACAGAUAACGACUUUGCUGGGUAUUUUCUUGAACAAGAUGCCGUUUGGAGAGAGUUUAAUUCUUAGCAGCUUUGAGAUGCUGAAAUAAGAAAGAGUGGUGUAAGCCUUUUUUUUUUUUUCAUGAACUAGUCAUCUGUGUUUAUGUAGAUAAGAUAAGAGAUAAAGUAUCAAAAUCACAUCUCAAGUAUCGCUUCUUUUUUAGUUUCCGACAUGAAGUAUCAGGUGUGAGAAUUUUCAACCUAAACUAUCACCAACUAGUUAGUGAUAGUUUAAGUUAAAAACUUCUGGACAUAAUACUUCAAGUAGGAAACUAAAAAAAAAAAUAAAAAAAUACUUAAGGUUUGUUUUUUACUCUUAAUUCAUAUUAUAAGAUGUAUGGAGUAAUAUAUACAGUACUUAAAAUAGAAGUGUACUUUUUAUAGCACAUUCCUGAACAUAUAUACUUUUGCAGUCUACUUAAUUAACCUACAGCAAGGCAGCAAGUGUAGGGCAUUCUUCAGUUAGCAUGCAAACAUCUCAAGACUUGCGAGCGAUUGUACCCAAUAGCUUUGAAAGACACAGAGUAAUUAAUUUAGAGUAAAUAACAACGACAAAAAAUGAUACAUUCAAUAUAAUUUUACAAGUGGAGUUUGAGAAUGAUAGGAUAUAUACAGACCUCACCCCAGAAGAGAAAUUUUCCAAGUAAGAUUGCAGGAAAAAUAUGACAACAAGAUAGAGUUUAUAUAUAGUAAAUAACCUUAAAAUUAAUUAAAUAUUUUUUUUUCUUUUUUACUUUUAAUCUUCUAUAUUCAUUAGGUAGUAAAUGAUUUUUUUUUUUAAAUGGUACAUAAAUUUAGAGUAAAUAACCAGCUUAAAAGUAAUUAAAACCUUUGAAAUAUAAGGUUAUUAAAUUGUUAGAGAGGAUGUAAUGCACGUAUAGAUUUAAGCUAUAUACACUGACAGUGUAAUGUGACGUGUUAUAAGACAAAUAAGUAUUUUGUGACUCACACUGAUGUUGUGAGGUUUCUUUUUGUCUCAUAAAAAGUGAACCCAAAAUUUGUGGAUCCAAAGCUGGAACACAACAAAUGUUAGUUGUGUGAAGGGUUGUUACAUUAUCAGUGCAUAACAUUUAAAGUCAACAUGUAAUAAUCGACUGAUCUUGUAAUGAAGGGCCAUUCAAUUGUAUUUGCACUCAAAAGUCAAAACUUGUGUUAAAGAAAAUGGGUAGGGGUCGGGGUUGAUAGGAAAAAAUAUCAAGUAGAGUAAAUACUCUGCAUUAUCUCAAGUAAAAGGGUAUUCAAGAAUUGAAAUCUUCAAAACUAGUACUAUAGGUUAACCUGUCAUUUUCGUCGUCUAUCUUCAUUAUCUUGUUCUUUUUCUAAAGACACUGGCCAAACUCAUUUGGAUGACCAUUUUAUUUUAUUUUACUCUUUUAUGGUGAACUUUUUAAAAUAGCUUGCGUUUCUGGUUUUAUGUUAAAGAAGAAUUAUUCGUUGGUUUUGUUAACUGAAAGAGAUUUUACAGGCACAAAAAGGGAAUUAUUUGCUCAAAUAUCCCUUUAUAGGCUCUAAUAUUUUUUCAUAAAAUUUGCAAUUUACUUCUAGGCCAUAGUCUAAAAAGUUCAUUAAAAAAAAAUAUAUAUAUAUUUACUAAAUGUAUAAUUAUCCCAAAAAGGGAUGAGUGGUGAAAAUUUCUCUACCGAAAGUCUAAGUGGGCAAUCAUUGAUUCGGCGUGCACCUUUCAGCCUUAAAGGUUUACCCUAUCAAUUUUCAGCCACGUUCUGCAUUCAUCCUUAGGUUCGUCUUCAACAUGUUUUUAACUCUUCUAUUUAGUUGUUUUCAUGCCGCCUCCUUGCGAGACAAUCCCCCCUGCCCCUGCCCCUGCCCCCUCCCCCUCCUUUUCAAAGUUAGACACCACGCAUUAUCACCUCCGUGAGCCUAUGUUGCUUAGUCGUCUCUUCAAAAAUAUUGAUGGGUGCGUGUCGGAUCUGUAUACGGUGAAAAUCGGAUAUGAGCCAAAACGGUGAUAAGGUAAAUUGGUGAUGGAAAAGGAGCGAGAACAUACCGGAUCUGUUCAGUCCUACCCGGAGAAGGCAUCUGUACCGGGGCUAAACGAGUCUGUCUUCUCCGUCAUCGAAACGGCCAAGUCUGCUGAUCCGAGCGUCUGUGGCCAUUGCCCCGAAUGGUCGUUUGACCGAAUAUCCGUUUGACCGGGUGGCCGUUGGACCGGGUGCUGUUGGUCCGCGUAACCGUCGCCCGCGGGCCCCGCACCAGUGGCGUGCUGUCAUAGUCAACUACCUACCAUGCGUGUGUCAGACGGCGCCAUCAGUCUAAUCCCACCAAAUCCGUGCAGGGCUGUCAUUGUCAUGAUUAUUUAUUUUUUCUCCACUUGUAUGAGAUCCAGAAGGUGGCACUAUAAAUAGGGCAUGUCCUCCUUCCUUAGGGAGGUUGGUUCCCACAUUUCUCCAAGAACACUUGUAAUAGAAUAGCUCAUAUAUACAAUCUUUCCUUCAAUUUC